AUAUGUAUAAAUUUUAUAUGCGCGUAAAAAAUAAUUCAAUGCGAGAGAUAAGAAAACAAAACAGCAAAAUAAUUCUCUGGAUAAACAGUGCAAAUUCAGAUGUGCGCAGUGAACGAGUUUAUACACAACAUAACUAAAGUGACUUAAGUCCACUAGGCAACCAAUAUGUCUUUGUGGAAUGCGAGUAUUAUAUCCUUGUUCUCCUGACGAACUUAAGGAUUUCGUUUCUCUUUUGCACCUGUCCGCUUCUUACUAAUAAACCAUGGAAGAAAACUGGAAGUAAGCUUGAAUAACUUGGUUUAAAAACGCCAGCCCGAGACUCCUAAGCGUGAGUUGCGGCAGAAAUUUCUGUGCCGGCGGAUUAAAAUGGUUUGUGGACUUCGUGAGUUCGCAUCACGGGAAGAAACAAUUUGUUUAUGAGUAAAAAAAAAUAUAGCGUCGAUGUUAAUUUUCAACCAAAGUGACAUGUGACCGAUGCGUUUCACAAGCAACGACUGCUAAGUUUCGUUUCGUAUUUGACAGCGGAUAUAUUUAUACACUUACACGCUUGAUUUGAAAACAGUAAGAAGAAAUGAAUGCAGAGUAGACCACGUCAAAGUAAACAACACAGUUAAGGGAUGCGGCAACAUGCGCUGUUAUAUUUUGAAGUUGCUUGUGAUAUUCACGACGAUGCUGGAUUGUGGACUCUCAGAUCGGGGAAGAGUGUAUAUGGUGACCAGUCCAGAAUCCGUGGUAAUGCCGAUAAACGACGAAACGAGUCUAAUUUGCGAGAUGAACCUGCAGCCAGAUCGGUUCGAAUGGAGGCAUUAUCCUUUCAACUCCGUGGACGUUUCUAAUCCACGUGCUCAUAUAUCUUUGAGCACUUCCCCGUAUAUCAAUCUACCGCAGGAAAUGUUUACUAACGAGAAGAAGACGUCCACUUUGAAAAUCAAAUCGAAUACGACGUUGGUAGCUGGUGGCUAUCAAUGUUUAGCACAUUAUGGUGCUUCGGUAGUGGCGUCCAUUCCAGGACGUAUUACUAUCACCUCCCUGGGGGACUUUCCCCCUCAAGAAAACACUUCGGUCACUGUAAUCGUUGGAAACACGAUUUCGUGGAAAUGUGAUCCGCCCGAAUUUAAUCCACCUGCGGUUAUAGAUUAUUACAAGGAUGGAUCGUAUCUAUCUCCGAAAAUAUUUACCGCACGUACUAAAUCUCUCAUACUACCGAACGUUGGAAUGGGCGAUUCUGGAAUUUAUAAAUGCUUAGCAUACAACAACAUUCAGCAGGCCAGGAUAAUGUCUAAUUUUCACCUGAGCCUGAAAGUAGUUAGCCAAGGACCCCGCCAGGCGCCAAGAUUUAUUACGAUACCGAAAAAAGUCUAUGUCGCUAAUGCAGGUGACACAAUUUUCAUUGAGUGUUCAGCGUAUGGCAACCCAGUGCCGAAGGUAUUCUGGUCGAAAAGCAGUGGUGGACUGCCAAAUCAUAAGAUACAAAUACUACAGGGUGGCCUCUUAAUAAAAAAUAUUUCUUCGUUUGAUGACGGACUUUACUUUUGUAAUCACACGAAUGCGUUGGGAACGCUAUCGCACCACAUUACCGUGGUUUACAGCGAGCUUCCUUCGAUAAUAGACGGUCCUCGCAACACGGACAGCAAAGAGGGCGAAAAUAUGGAUUUACAGUGCGUUGCAAAGGGCACGCCGGAGCCCGAAAUUACGUGGAUUUUGAACGGUGCUAGUGUUUCGAACGACAGUGCGGUUGAAGCGGUCGGAAAUCAAAUUUAUUUCCGUCCGGUCGGAAAAAGACACGCCGGUAUUUUACAGUGUUUCGCGGGAAAUUCGGUCGGUAUCACCUAUAGUAGUGCGAACAUUAAAGUUUUUCCGAAACAAAUUUCGAGCAGCGAUAUAAUCGAAGACGUUCUUCCGCCGCAUCCUGCUGCUUCUCCGCACCGGAAGCGGAAGCAUAAAAGCAAAAAGAAUAAAGGCCGAAAGGGCAUCUUGGAAAUGAUCCCUCCGUCUAAACCGACAGUUUCAAGACUGAAUGACGAAUCCGUGAUGGUUCGAUGGAACGUUCCUGCAAACGACGGUUUGAACAUUUCUUUUUUCAAAGUGCAGUACAAAGAACUAGGUCCGAUAGAUGUUAACGGUAGUCACACCCAUACGCAUGUGAAACGGUGGAAAACGUGCAAUGGUGAUAUCGCCGCUCAUUUACGAAGUUACGAAAUUAACAAUCUCAAACCUGAACAUGUUUAUAAAUUUAGAAUAGCGGCCGUUUAUAGUAAUGGCGACAAUAAAAUGGGACCGAAUUCAGCUCGGUUCGCACUGACCAGGGGCGAUUUCUUCGUACGUAAUCCUUUACCUAUUCCUUUGCUCACACACACCGAAGCUGUGAAUGUUUCUUCAAUAAGGAUAUAUUGGGAGUAUACACCGGACAACAACGUCACUAUAGAUGGUUUCUUCGUAAACUAUUUACCGUCAGAUAGUGCAGGCGAUUACAUGAAAGAAACUGUAGACGGAGGCGACAAAAGGACAUAUAUAAUAUCAUAUCUCAAAGGGGAUACAAUGUACGACAUUAAAAUGCAAAGCUUCAACGCAAAAUCUGCAAGCGAAUUUAGUCCUAUUAUGAAACAGAAAACAGCCAAAUUAGAAGUAACGACCCAAGGGAUUGUUAGGACAACGUCGAAGGAAUCCGUGGAAGUCACAGAACCCACACCCAUGUAUAUAUUCAUCGUUGCUGGAGUUGUCGGUCUGGCACUGUUAUUGAGUGUGAUUGUAUUGUUUAUCAUUUGUCGAAAAUGGAAACAAAAGAAAGAUGCCAACUCUGAUGCUGGAACUGUUGAUAAAGAGGACGGAGGUCACCACAUCCAAGCAGAUGCGAGCGACUACAUUGUAAGUGCAAAAAGUUUAUCUCGAAUGAAUGGUUGCGCUGUUCCCGGUAAUCGAAUUACAAUUACCUCUAAUCCUUUGGCCGAUGCCGACAACAAGAAUCAGAACAUGAUUGAAAUGUCUUCUCUACCCACUCAGAACAACAACUGUUCUCAGCCGUCAGUGAGUAAUCCGGACGGUGCGAAAAAUGAAAUAUUGAAUAGGGAGAAGACUAAGCGCAGCAAUAAACACAACGUAAACCAGCCAACUCCAGGAGAAAAUUAUGUAUAGCAUAAUAAGGACUUCUUCUUCUGUUAAUAUCGUCAAUAUUUUUUAUUUUCAUUCGUGAUUACUGAUGACUGAUAUUCUGGUGAUAUUAAUUUUAUGUGCUGUCGGGGACCAGGCAGCGAGUUAGGUUUAAAACAAAAAUCGGAAACAAAGUACUAUAGUGACUCGUAGCGAGAAAGGAGAAAUUAGAAAUUAGAAUAAAAAGUCGAUAUACGUAUUUAUUUUUCUAAUUUAAUUCGCUUUAAAAGUGCAAUCGUAAGUGUGAUUACUUGAACUACACGUGAGUGAAUCAAAAACGUUUCAUUUUUAUCGAGUGAAUACAAAAUAAAUAAAUAAAAUAAACGUAUCACUACUUUGGUUUUUAACCAGCAGUUCAUAAAUUUAUUCUAUCAUUAAACUGGGUCAUAGUUUAUUUAUUUACAAUUACUACGUGUGACUUAAUUUUAUUAAAAUUCACUAAAAGUGAGUACCAAACAGUUACCGAAAUCAAAAUAAAAAAUAUUCAAUAUUUUGAUAUUUCGCUGAAAAUUAUUUUCGUACUAAAAGAAGUAGGUGACUGAGGAAGACGCAUCGAGCGUCGAAACACAUUGGACUUUUAAUUUAAUUUGCGAUAUGAUGUGAUAUCAUAAAAUUUAAAACAAACCCCGUUUAAACUAACGAUGUUUCUGUCAGUGACGAUGUAGUGCUAUCUUUAUUUUAUUUAUUUAUGCGUCAAGAUUGCGACUCAUAAUAAAGAUGAAGUCAACAAAAUCAGUUUUACUACUUCAUAUAUGUAAAUUUCGCUUGUAUCAUUAAUGCAUCUAUAAUUAUUUAUUGAAAAAAAAAAAUCAUUAGAGUUUACGUCAUUAGCGUGGACCAGUGAAACCUCUUAUUUAGGGCACCGUUUGCGUUUAAUAAUAAAAAAUUAGUGUUCCAAUAGCCAGUGGAGGUAAAACAAGCAUGCAAAAAACAUAUGAAAGACUGAAGAGUUUAUUUAAAUUAUUAUUGUCCAGUUUUUAAAAUUUAAUUAUUUUUCCAUUUUUCCUAUACUGUGCUGGAUAAAACUGAUAACUACACUUUUGACGUUUAAUCUAAUGUAAUUUUGCGCUUAUAUCUUCUUUGUACAGGAUGUUUAAGUCACCGAAAGAAAAAAAUAAAACAUAAAGUUUCAUAUUUUUUAAACGUUUACUAGCUAUACAGAAAAAGUUUUCUUCGUAACCCAAACAAAACAGUUUUUCAAUAGUAUUAUUUUCAGAUCAAAUAUAAGGUAAGCCAAUGAAAAGGGACGAUUUUAAAAAGUCGGAAAAUAUUAAAAAAAUAAUCUUUUGUAAGAUUUGUAAAUUAAAACAGAAUCUAGACGAAUGGACACAUUGUGUAUGUGCAAAAGUUCAUUUUUUAAAAAUAAUGUCUGAGAGGUAGUCUUCGUUUUGUCGCACACAUUUCUGAAGCCUCGAUAGAAAACUGCCCAUAGCAUUGCUUAUCAUUUCUAGCUAUACCGCGAUCACUUCCCCUAUUUCCGUUUUCUUGACAGUCCUUGGAGGGUAGUACUUUUGUUUCGAGAUGCCCCCAAAGGAAAAAGUCGCAUGCAUACGAACGCGAGACGGUAACCGAUAAUGUAGACACUCGUCUCGCACGGACUAAACUUUCCCUAUUUUGGUAAUACGGAAGUGUCACAACGAAAACAGAAGCGGAAACAGAAGUAAAUAGUAAAUUUUUGCGGAAACGGAAGCCGAAGUGUAAUGAUUUUAGGUGACUCUUUAAUGGAGUGGUCGGGCGCCCUUUUCGCGAAUAUUUUGUUACAAAUUUUGCAUUUAGCACAUGCAUUGUUAAUAUCUUUUUGGCUCCCAAAUUGCACUUUUAACUUAAAAUUUACACCACUAAGCAUGCGCUAUACAAAGUAAAUAAACACUAUUUUUGAAAUGAAAUAAUUAGAACUGGCUGAAGGGGAAGCUGGACGUUUUUAAAUUAAAGUAAGAAACUAAUAAGGGAAUAAAAUUUGGAGAAUAUCAACAUACGAAAUACUAGGAAAUAAAUUUAGGUCAUAAGCAUAAACGAUUGAUAAUAAUACGUUCACAAUGUUACUAUUUGUUUUAUUGUUUCGGUAUAUUGAUUUUCAAAAAGAUGAGAAAUAACAAAAGCUUCCGUUAUAAAAACGCGGAACUAGAUGCGGAACUUCCGCAAUUACGGAAGCAGAAACAAAAAGUAUGUUGCAACACUAUCUAUAAUAGCUAACUUCCCACUAUUUAUCUAUAUUCACAGCGUUGACGGCCCAAGCCCAACUACUUUUUUGUGUAGUGGCGUUUCCAAAUUGUCCCGUUUCAUUGGUUCACCCUGUACGUAAAUGAAGAUGUUAAAUACCCUGUAUAAAUUAAUAUUUAAUAAUUAUUUCUUGUUAACGUGUAUAUAAUGUUAAACAAAUUUAAAAAAGACUAGUUUUAGCUAUUGUAUUUAUUACUGAAAUUAAUAAGUAAUGUAUAGAAAUCAUUUGUUGCGAUAGCGAAUAUUUGGAAAACUCCUGCAUUCCAUUCGUUAGUUUUGCUAUCAUACGUUGUUUAAAAAUGACUGAACUAUUUUCUUAAAUUGGAGCAGAAAUACUCAUAAAAUAUAAUUCAUCACAUUGUGAGAAUGCUUUUGAUCUUUUAUACACUUAUGUUUUCAUCAAUGCAGUUAUUGCAAAUAAUAUCUUUAUAAUUACAAAUGGGGUGUCCCGUAUAAAUACAAAUAAAGCCUUAGGUACAUAUAUACAACUGGAGACACAUCACAUGAUACUUUCAAAAUUAAAUUAAUUUCUAUAAAAUUACUGAAUGUGAUUAUUUUUUACUAAACUUCUUUUCCAGUAAUUUACGUGAUUGAAUUUUUGUACAUUUUUUAAACUUUUAACAACUGAUUUUAAUAUAUUUUAACGCUAUUUGACUUAGUUGCUUCUAAUAUUUAACUUAUGUUAGUUAAUUUCUCAACUAAUAUUUUAAUAAUCUCACUUUGUAAAAUUUCUGAUAACAAUAUAAUAAACACUUGUAUAAAAUUGAUAAGUAUACUACAGUAUUAAACUUGUAAAAAUAUUUAUUAUUAUAAUACCAACACAAUGACAGCUAAUUAUUACCGAAUAAUUUGAGACGACGAAAUAAUGGUUGUGUUAAGUUUUAAUAUUGUAAUUAUUGUCUAUACACUAUUUGCUUUUAUUUUUACUAUUGUUUUUUUAUUAUAUAUAUAGAGAAUGUGUAACUGCAUUGGUCACCACAUUUUGUUUCAUUUUGUUUACAGUAAGUUAUUCGUAAUAAGGAGGGAUUACUGCCUUUAAACUUGCCAUGGCUUAUAUCAUAACUAUUAUUAAAGAAAGUACUAUUUAUACGAAACAAUUCUCGAAUGUAAAUUAUUAAAACAUUUUCUAAUAAAAA